AUGUCUAAAGAAGGGCUACGCGAGAGCAAAGCGGCUACAGAGUAUCGGCUAUCAAUAUCGAGUAAUCCUGGUUCGAGAAGAUCGUCUAUUGGGGAAGUAAAUGACCAUCCUCGAAGCGGAUCUGUAGAGAACAAUAAUGACGAGUUAAGAGGUGCUACGGUUAUAGAUACCUAUGUUCUUCCUCAAAUACAGGAGCUCACCGACUCUAUGAUAACCCUGGAUGCCAAUUUUACCCACAUGAACUUUAUACAUGAGUCUUUAGUAGACUUUAACGAAUCGAUGAGCGCGCUACUAUACGGUUUGAUGUGCAAUUCCUGGUGUGUGGACUUCCCCAACCUUCCGCACGAUACUGCACACGAGCUCUCUAUUCGCAAGGAACUACAAAGUUUAGAAAAAGAGAGACAGCUGCUACUGGCGCAAUUGCGUGGAACUACUAGUCGGUCGCUUGCUGUUAUAAGUGAGACAGAACCAACUCUCCAGAAGGAAAAUACUCAGCUGGUAAAGAAGUCCACUGCUAUCCCACAGUAUAACACAAUAUCAAUUCGCAGUAUGGUGGCCGACGCUGAAGACGAUGAGGAUAACACUGCAGCUUCCUUCGUCUCCAACCCAACCCUAGCAGUUGCCCCUCCUGUUAUUCCAGUACAACAAGAUGUAGUACGAAGCAAACGAAGGUACUCAAUACUUAAUCAGAUACGCAAUAAUGAAUCUACAUCUCAGCAAAAUUCAAAAACUUCUAACCGCCUAUCAUCGCUUGCAAUGCCUAGCAUUACAGUUGAAAAGCGAAAAUCACUAGCUGUAAGCGCAAGCAGAAUUGCAAAUAAAAAGCAAGCUCUUGUGCGUCCAGCCAGUAACGGAAAAACGUCGUCAGUGAGCAAGCGAGUUCACAAUAAUAGUACAGGGAAGUCAAUAUCAAGAUCAGAUCCACCAAUGGCACCCCCGUUUACGACACAGGGAAGAAGACCUCCGUUCAGAUGA